GUAUUGAAGUGAGAAAAUGGGGGACAAGAGGAAGAAGACGUUCAUGUUCAUCCGUCUGGUCUCAGCUGCUGGAACUGGGUUCUUCUAUGUGAAGAGGAAGAGUAGCAAGGGUCUUCUUGAGAAGCUUGAGUUCCGCAAGUACGAUCCUCGUGUCAACCGCCAUGUCCUCUUCACUGAGCAGAAGAUGAAGUGACUCUUAACUCGCUUCUUUUUUCUUUUCUUUUGUGUGUGUUUCAUUGCUUUCGAAGAGCCCCAUAACAAAUCUCUCUGAGUAGUUUACACUUAUCAAUCAAAUAAGUUCUCAAGUUCAGUUGGGGUUUAGACUUUGUAAGUUUCAGUUUUGAGGAUGCAUAAAGAAAGUGUGUCUCUUUGAUGGUGUCUA